AACAAGGCAAACAGCAGCUCUCUGCGAAAACCACUUUUACCCAUCCGCAUCCAACAUCAACCGGGGGCCGACGGACGACGUUAAAACCUGUCAGCUUUUUCACAUAAAUGUUCCUAUGGAUUACUAAUACACUUUCGUCGAAAAGCAUAAGUGUUUCUCAACUUGACAGCAUAGCCUCGGAUUCGUUGCACUGGUCACCUAGAGGACUCAUAGAGAGAUGAAGACUCUGGAGGAGCCCCCCUACCUGACAGUAGGGACGGAUGUGAGUGCCAAGUACCGAGGGGCUUUCUGCGAAGCCAAGAUUAAGACUGCCAAGAGGCUAGUCAAGGCCAAGGUGACCUUUAAACCAGAUCUGUCCACGGCUGAGGUUCACGAUGAAAACAUCAAAGGGCCUCUGAAGGUGGGUGCUGUUGUAGAGGUGAAGAAUCAGGACGGAGUUUACCAAGAGGCCACAAUCAAUAAGCUGACUGAUGCUAGUAUAUAUACUGUUGUGUUUGACGACGGCGAUGAGAAGACCCUGAGGCGUUCCUCUCUGUGCCUGAAAGGAGCGCGUCAUUUUGCAGAGAGCGAGACGCUCGACAGACUCCCUCUCACCAACCCCGAGCACUUCGGCACACCUGUCAUUGGCAAGAAGGGCAACCGCGGCCGACGAUCAAACCCAAUUCAAGAGGAGGAGUUAUCUUCAUCCUCUAGUGAAGAAGAGGAGAGCGAUCAGCGGCAGAAUGAAGAUCUGUUCGGCAAGGUGGUCUGUGUGGAGGGGGUUGCCACCGGUGACAAAAAGAAGACAACGUGGUAUCCUGCUCUGGUCAUCUCCCCGGACUGCCACGAAGACAUGACUGUGAAGAAGGACAACAUCUUCGUCCGCUCUUUCAAGGAUGGAAAAUUUUACAUGGUGCUGCGGAAGGACGUCCGCGAGAUGAGCAGUGACUGUCCCCCAAAAGCUGACGCAGGGCUCAAACCAGCGUUGGAUGCAGCCUUGGAGUUCCAGCAGCAGCUGGUUGUACCCAGCACCUGGAAGACAGAAGUGAAAGAGGAAAGUUCUAGCAGUGAGGAGGAUGAUGAGGACGAAGAGGAGGAGCAGGAAGAAGAUGCCAGCGGUGAAGAGGAGGAGGAGGAGGUGGAGCCGUUCCCAGAGGAGAGAGAGAACUUUCUGCAGCAGCUCUACAAGUUCAUGGAAGACCGAGGAACUCCCAUCAACAAGCGGCCUGUUCUGGGCUACAGGAACCUGAACCUGUUCAAGCUCUACAGGCUGGUGCACAAACUGGGAGGCUUUGACAAUAUUGAAAGCGGCUCCGUUUGGAAACAAGUCUAUCAGGAUCUGGGAAUCCCUGUGCUCAACUCAGCUGCUGGCUAUAAUGUCAAAUGUGCUUACCGCAAGUACUUGUACGGAUUCGAAGAAUAUUGCACCUCCACUGCCAUCACAUUCAGGAUGGACCUCCCUUUGAAGCAGGGUCCCAAGGGGGAGGUGAAGUCCGAGCAGGAGACGGGAGGAACAGCAGCUCCCACGUCAUCUAACUCAGAAGAGCAGAAAGCCCAGGUGGAUGGAGAAUCAUGCAGUGCACAGUCCGUCGUCUGCAAGGAUGAAAAACCUGAUUUGACCCGAAACAAAAUGGAGUCCGAACCGCCAAAAACGGAGGGAAAGGACAGCAGAAACGACGAUGAUGACGAAGAAGAGGGUCCCCACAAGGCAGACGCAGACGAGGGCUCGUCGACAUCUCGCCUCGGAGCCGACGCCAUGAAGCAGGAGCGAGACGAGGAGCAGGAGAGCAAGGACAACUCUGGGGAUGACAGCAGUCAGGAGGGGGAGGAAGGGGAGGAGUUUGAGUGUUACCCCCCGGGGAUGAAGGUGCAGGUGAGGUAUGGGCGAGGCCGCAAUCUGAAGACGUACGAGGCCACUGUGAAAGAGGCAGACGUGGAGGGGGGAGAGGUGCUCUACCUGGUGCACUACUGUGGCUGGAACGUCAGAUAUGAUGAAUGGAUCAAAGCAGACAAGAUUGUGCGACCCGCCAAUAAGAAUGUUCCAAAAAUAAAGCACCGCAAAAAAAUAAAGAACAAAACUGAGAGGGAGCGAGACAGGUUGGAGAGGCUCAAUGACAGAGAAGUCCUCGGCCCGUCGCCCAACGCUAACCGUGUCCCACGCUCCAAGUGUGGCCUGAGUCAGGAUGUCUUUUCCAAGAUGGACGAGGGUGAGGACAAAGGGACUCAGCAGUCUCCAGUCAAGUCUAUAGAAAUUACCUCUAUCCUCAAUGGCCUGCAAGCCUCUGAGAUGUCCACAGACGAAAGCGAGCAUGAACAGGAGGAUGAGGAGGGGGAGCAUAAUGAAGAGGAUGGGCCUGGUUGCCGUGGCAGCCUCAGAAAAGGGCCACCUGAGCCGCCACAAAUAUCAGAGCACUGGGAGAGUGGAGCUCCUUCUGAAGGACCCAAACCUUCUCCGGUCUCAGGAAAGAACCAGGAUGUCGUCAGCACAGACAACGCAGAUGUUUCUAAGCGCAGAAACCAACCAGAGACAGAGGGAGAAGCAAGCACCAGGAAGAGGAAAUCUGACGGUGCAGCAGAGAGGACCCCUAAAGGCCAAUCCAAAGCUAAGACCAGGAACACCAGGAGUGCUGACUGGUUACCUGGAGGCUCUCCCAGGAAGCUGGAAGAGAGAGCAGCUGGUCCCGGAGAGGAGAGGGGGGCCUCGUCCAGCAGCAGCUCAGAUGACGAGAGUCCAGCUUUGGCUGAGUCCCAGGCUGAGGAGAGUGAGCGAAGUCGCCCCAAAACCAAAGGUUCACCUUCUAAGAAGUACAAUGGAAUGAAGGAGAAGACCAAAGCUGGCAGACAAGGUGGCUUCUGGGAGAUUCCUGAAAAGAGGGCCAAAGUGUCAGGGAAUGCAGAGGAAAGAGCUGCUGUUCGCCCUAAAGGACAAAAAGAUGUCUGGUCCAGCAUCCAGGCCCAGUGGCCCAAGAAGACCCUCAAAGAGCUGUUCUCUGACUCGGACACAGAGGCCGCCAAUUCUCCUCCUCCACCGGUGCCCUCGUGUCUGGAGGAGCCCAAUGUGGAGCAGGAUGCUGGACCCGAGGAUGAAGCCUCAGAGGAGCAGAUGGAGAACGACAAGCUCCAGGAGUUUCCAAGCAGUGGCAGCAACUCUGUACUCAACACACCACCAACAACGCCCGAGUCCCCCUCGGGAGGAGGCAGUGCUGUGGAGGACUCUGGUCAGGCGCAGCCUUCCUCUCCGCCACCGUCUAUACCUCCCGCCUUACCUUCAGAGCCGGUUUCUGAACCUCUUCCCCCUGGACCUAUACAGGAGGAAGUGGCAGGUGGGCGUAGCGAGACAGACAGCAGCACGGUGGAGGUGGAGAGUCUGGGUGGGGAGCUGCAAGAGCUCCCUCAGGAUGAAGGGGCAGGUUCCCCCUCAAAGGUGUUUGAUGUCAGCCUCUCCUGCAACAGCAGCAGCAGCUGCAGCCUAGAGCUGAGCAACAGCAGCCAACAGGAGAGUGAGCAGAAGUCCAAAGCGUCUGCAAGUCAGAAGCGGCAGAAAGAAUCACAGACGGGUGGAGCUUCAAAGAAACACAAGCCAAACCGCAAGAGCCUAGGUGUGCCUCCCAAAAAGAAUAGGAAAACAGCCAACAGCAGUGACAGUGAGGACCAGUCUGUUGUUGAGGGCACUGCCAAACCAACUGCCUCUAAGAACAACACAUCAGAACUGAAGGCUGCCACUUCGCCCAAGUGUCACGGAAGAUCUCCCCCUUCGAGCCAUAAAUACCACAAGCAGGGUGACGAUCACACCCAGCACCGAGACCACGGAAGAUCGCCUCGUGUGUACAAGUGGAGUUUCCAGAUGUCUGAUCUGGAAAAGAUGAGCAGUCUGGAGAGAAUUUCGUUUCUUCAGGAGAAACUGCAGGACAUCAGGAACCACUACCUCUCCCUCAAGUCUGAGGUGGCGUCUAUUGACAGGCGGCGAAAACGCAUGAAGAAGAAGGAGCGGGAAAGCACAGUGGCUGCAUCCUCCUCCUCCUCUUCCUCCUCCUCCUCACCAUCCUCCAGCUCGCUGACUGCAGCGGUCAUGUUGACGCUGGCUGACCCUCCAGUAUCAUCCUCAUCCUCCUCAUCUCAGAACUCUGGGGUAUCAGUGGAGUGCAGGUGACAGGACGAAGCACCAAGGAGCCACCGCACUAAGCACUUAACCAGCACCCUGGGAUCACCACCCCCAUUCCCUUUCAACAAGACGGACAAGUCAACCUACAUACUGUAACUACUGGGGCACAAAAACCAGACCAGAGACAAAAAAAAAAGAAGAAGAUAACGAAAAAAAACGAGAAACAAGCACUAUUUUUUACUGACAACUGUUUCCUUGGCAAGCUAAUGGCACUUAAGUGCACUUUUAUGAAGAUUGUGUAGGGGGAUAAAAAUUUGUCAAAAAAUAUUCUGAAUUGUCUUUUGCGCUCUCCUUAAUUGAACAUUUACAAGAAUUGUUUUUGCAAGCAAUAAUUGUUUCCGUUUGAUAAAGUUGUAUCGGUAAGGGAUGAUUUCCGGUGAAGACGCGGUGCAGCCCGUGCUCGCCACGUUGUUGUGGGGAAUUCAGAGGAACACUGCCACAUUGGCAUUAAGGGCAUAUGAGAGGUAGCUCUGCCAUGUUUCUCUGUCCACCCUCAUUAAAAAAUAAAGGCCUUCAUGUGGUUAAACCUGAAGCGGUUGACGACGCUCCCCUGGCGUACAGGCGUGUGGUCCUGUACAUGUUCGCAUUAAGUCAUAUAAGUGGUGACUGAUAGGGUUUCAGACCAUCAGAGGUCCGCUGACAGCCUCAGUGGAUGAAUAUGGAAUGAUACUGUAGUGCCUUUUUGUUCUUCUCCGUGGGGCACUCUGAGAAAGGACAGCAGUUUGGGUUGUUUUGUUUUUUUUUCCCUGAUCCUCUUCUCAAAUCAGACGGUCAGCUGGAAUAAUGUGUCCCUUAUAAAAGACUGAGAAUGCUGUAUGAGUGAGCAGGCAGUGAAGGGCUACGUCUGACAAAUAAUGACGGAUGUUAUCGGCGCGUGGGUAACAUUUAAGAAUUGUAAAAGCAGAGCUCCUAUACUGCAUUACCUGUAAUCUACUACUGAAUACUCAUCCAGCUUGGGUAUUACUGUUGACUCUGGCAGUGUGAAAUGUGCAAUGAUGGAGGUGGCGAAUGCAAAGGUCACAUUACUUCAGUUCAUCAGCCUUUUUAAAGCUCAUCUGCUUUAUUCGAUUGUGUUUUCAUCACUCCCUGUCCCCCAGUCCUUUCAUCUGCGCUGAAGAUUUGACGACGCACGUCUGCAACUGGAUCAUGUUAACUUGAAGGCAGCCAUAGGAGAUAAUCACAACACGUGCUGCAGUUCAAUCCCGCAUUUGCAGCGCUUAAAACAACAUGAAGUUAUUUAAUCAAGUAUAUUUUCGCUUCCUUCAACAAACCUAUUUUUUUUCCCCCACAUCUCUUAAUAAAUUUUACUCAUGAUCAAAAUUGACCUGCCAGCUUCCUCUCAUACUCAUCCCAACCAAAAACGUUUUGGUUCUGUUUCCUGUACUAUGACCAGAAUAAAGGUAGAGAUAUUGUAAAUGUGCAUUUAUAUCAUAAAGUGACGUAUCUGUAUACAUUUCUGAAGACAUCUCCAGUGUUUCCUUUGUAUAGACCCCCUACUGUAUGAUAACCUGAAGUUACGUUUUGUUUGGCACUUGUAUGUAAUUGUAUGCUUUUGUUAUACAUUUGUAUAUUGAGAAGUGUUUUGAGUCAAGCUAUUUAAUAUCUUGCACUGUUAAUAACAUGUACUUUUCUGUACAGACAGUUUUACGGUUUUAACUGUAGUUUGAGUGUAAAUACUGAGGGUUACAGCAUGUAUGUUCUCCCCCUUUGCCCCUUUUCUUGUUCUCUCGAUUUAUUUGAGCUCAUUUGUGUUCUGUUCUUCCUCUUUAAUCAGUUUCAAGAGUUAAUUUUCCUCCUACCUGUUUUAUUUUUGUUUUUUUCCCUUAAUUUCAUGUUUGCUUUAGUUUGUAUUCUGUUUUGUUUUUCUAUAGCUUGUGCUUGAAAGAGAAGAAUGCUGGUUUUGGAUGCAGCUGAACUAUUUUCCGACCUGUACAUGGCCUGAAGCUAAAGCUGUAUGAACCUGUAUAUGGAAAACAGUCUGCAUCAUAGACUAAGAGAAAGUAAUGGAGCUUAUUGAAAAAUGCUCGAUAGUAUUUAUUAGGCUCAUCAGAUGAUGGUCGUUGUGUAAUUUAUUGUAAAAAUGUAAGCAAAGCAGAAGCCUCUGUUUGAAAUAAAUGCCAUAGUUUGUGAAGUA